AUGAUGACUAUGAGUUCAUUGUCGGACAGUCUGGUUGCUUCUGAUCCCUCCAAAUCGGCCUUUCUGGAGUUCGGACACGGCUAUCCCGGGCACCAGCAGCACUCCCCCGGCUUGUCCCACAACCACUAUCCAGUGCACGGCUUGCAUCCCGUCGGACACUCGCAGCACGAUAGCCCCUUUUCUUCCAGCGCGUCAUCUUAUGGCCGCCCGCUAGCCUACCCUUACCACAGCACGGUAAGCGCACACCACCCAAGUGCCUACCUGCCAUACCAGCACAGUAGCCACAACAACGGUCUGGGACACACGAGAAUAGAGGAAACAGAGCUUGAGAAGCCGACCACGGUGAUCGAGAAUGGAGAAAUUCGACUGAACGGAAAAGGGAAGAAGAUCCGAAAACCUCGGACCAUCUACUCAAGCUUACAACUGCAGGCGCUCAACCAGAGAUUCCAGCAAACCCAAUACCUCGCGCUACCUGAGCGAGCCGAUUUGGCAGCCAAAUUGGGACUAACUCAAACACAGGUUAAGAUAUGGUUCCAGAACAAACGCUCCAAGUACAAGAAGAUCAUGAAGCAUGGCACGGGCGGACCGGAGGGAGAGCAUCUGCACGCUGGGUCAUCCGGGUCUCCGUGUUCCCCGGGGAUGCCGCCACUUUGGGACGUUUCCAUGGCAAAUAAGGGGACGCCUGCGCACUCCGGUGGAUACAUGAACAAUUUCGGACAAUGGUACCCAAGCCAUCACCAGGAAUCUACGCCGAGAACUCAAAUGAUGUGA